AUGUCUGAAUCCUUCAAAACGACGGUGGAUCCGCUUCUGAAAGACUUGGAUGAGAAGAAAGAGAGUUUCCGGCGUAACGUGGUGUCUAUGACUGCUGAGAUAAAGCAAGUGAGAGGCCGUUUGGUUUCUCAAGAACAGUAUUUUGUUAAAGAAAGCAUUUUUAGAAAAGAAGCAGAGACAAAAGCUAAGAACAUGGAAGUGGAGAUCUGUAAAUUGCAGAAGAAGUUGGAAGAUAGAAACUAUCUUCUAGAAAAAGUAGAUGAAGCUGAAUGUGAAAAGUUGACUGUGUUUCAAUCAAUGUCUAAUUUUCUUGAAGAAGUGGAUGACUUGAGAUCACAGCUAGCUUCAACAAAGGAAACUGCAGAAACAAGCGCUGCUUCUGCUCAAUCCACACAGCUUCAAUGCUCAGUGAUAUCACAACAACUCGACGACAAGACACGUUCUCUAAGAGAACACCAAGACCGUGUAACUCAACUCGCCAACCAGCUUGAUAACCUCCAGAGAGAUCUAAGGACCAGAGAGUGUUCUCAGAAAGAGCUGAGUGAUGAAGUUAUUAGAAUAGAGCGUUAG